AUGUCGAGCGAAGAUAUGCCGCCUGCCGAUGCGGCGCCGGACCCGGAGUCGGGACCAAACACCGGGCUUGAGGCUCUGGCCUGUGUCUCAUGCCGGGCCCGGAAGCUCAAGAGGAAGCCUGCUUUCAAGCGAAGAAACGUGAAGGAGCUCGAGGAGCGCCUGGCACAAGUCGAGGUGUUACUAAAGGAUGCGCCCAACAAACCUGCUUCUUCUUCCGAGGGCGACCCGCAGAACGUGUCGCCUCCUCAGGCCCAGGCUGGCCCAGGCCAGGACUCGCGGCACUCAUCCAUCCCCGACGCUUCAGAUGGCGCGUUCAGCUGGAAUUAUGCCGGCGGAGUCGGACCAGCAGCAAAUGAGGUCCCUGGUGGCAAUGAACAGGGACCUCGACGACCUGUUUAUCCUGAGUUCUCGAUGGCGGGCAUAAGCCAUCGGCCCAGGGCAGAGGACGCGGGCGCGUCGCGAAAUGAGCUGCUGGGCCUGGGGCUCUUUGAGGCCCUGCCCCCGACGGAGAUGAUCGAAGACCUGCAUCGGACGUUUUUCAUGAGGCAACAUCCACUGAACCCCAUCAUACACCCUGGCCGGUACAUGCAGGCCUACCACUCGGGUGUGCAUCUUCGCCCGCCCAUGGCCCUCGCAUAUGCAGUAUGGACGAUGGCUUCGAAUGGUCACGAGAAGUACUCGUCAUACCACGAUGCAUUCCAUCGUCGUGCACGCCACUACCUGGAAGAGGACGAGCUAAGGGGAGAGGGCGAGCACUUCCUUACGGUGGCCCACGCCCAAGCCUGGGCCCUCCUCGCGACAGAUGAGGCCCGCUGCAUGUGGUUCACGCGCGCGGCUAUGAGUACGGCUCGUUGCAUCAAAUUGAUACACAUGAUGGGCUUGCAUCGGCUGGACGACCCCAAUGCUGCAGCGGAGAUGGCGCCGACAAUCGCCCCUCCGAGAGACUGGACUGAACUUGAGGAGAGGAGGCGAGUGUUUUGGGGAGCAUACUGCGUUGAUUCCCAUGCCUCGAUCAGCACAGGGUGGCCAAGUCUGAUCGAUAUGAGUGAGGUCACAACACAUCUGCCCAGCUCGGAGGAGGCGUUCAAUACCUGCACGGAAGAGACGACCAGCCGCGUCGAGGAAGUGUUCUCGGGGGCGUCGUACUCGUCAUUCGCGGGGGCCGCUGUGAUCUGCUAUAUUUUCAACCAGAUCUUGAAGCAUGUCCACCGCUCCAAGCCCGAUGACGGCCGAGACAACUAUGACUUUGGGCGGUACUGGAGCAAACACCGGGAGCUGGACAAUUUGCUCUCCAGCGCCUUCAUGUUCCUCCCAGAGCGCUUUAGGCUACCUAGUAGUCUGCGAGACCCUGUGGCCGUUCACACAAACCUCAACCUCCACGCAUCGAUAAUAUGUCUCCAUAACAGCGCUUACGAGAUGACGAAGGAGCACGGCCUGCCUGACCAUGUCAAGCAGACAAGCAAGACUCGUGUCUUGACAGCUGCUCAAGAGAUUGUUACUGUCGUCAAAAUGACCAGCCACUCCAACGUGGGAUACAAGAGCCCACUUGUCGCCCUUGCACUCUACGUCGCCAGCUCGGUCUAUACGACCAUGGCACAGGACGACGGCAUGCAACCGGACCACACCGCGAACCUCGAGUUCCUCCUGGUAGCAAUGAAUGCCAUCGGGAAGCAACACGUCAUCACCAAGUCAUUUCUCACGCAGGCCGUCGUCGAUCUACAACGCGCCGGGCUCCUUGGCCUCGUCCGCAUCCCUCAAAUUGAAAUGCCCGAGACGACCAAGAUUGUCACGGCAUGCGGAAAUAACAUACCACUCUUCGCCAGAUCCAGACUCUCAAGAAUCGCAGACAUACAGCCGCCCCUGCCAGGCAAGCUGCCACUCAGCAACCCGGCCAACGUUCAGUACAUGGAGAAACAGAUUCGGCAGGUCCUCCAGUGGGACCGGGAGAUGCCCCCCGGCCGCCGGGAGGGACAAGACACGGGCAACGCCAACAAGCGCAAGCGCAUAGCCAUCUCGCCGGAGCCAACCUCGGCGCCGCAGGACUUGACGCCCUUGCUCUGGUUCCAGCAGACGCAGGCGGCCGAGGUGACCCCCUCCGACACGACGACGGGGGGCUCGUCGCUCUCGUCGGGCUCGGCGGAGGACAAGUCGCCAGCCGGGGCCGGGAGCGCCGCCGCGGCGCAGUUCAGGCUCCCGCACCGCAGCGGCGGCGGGUCGUCGGCGGGCUCGUCCCCGCCGGCCGCGGCCAACAGCGCGUCGACGCCGACGACGCAGCCCAGCUCGGGACGCGUGACCGGCGCCGCGGCGACGGCGAUGCCGGGCGGAGGUGCCACGCAACAGGAGAUGGUCGACGCGUUCGCUCAACAACAACAGCAGCAGCAACAGCAACAACAACAAGUGGACAUGAACUUCUUCCAGGGCCUGAGCGCGUGGGACGCCGCGGGCGACUCGUCCAUCCUGUUCUCGCAGGUGGCGGCGGCCAUGCAGCAGGAGGGCGGCGUAGGGUUCGGGGCCGCGCUGGACGACGACAGCUGGAUGAUGAUCGGCGACGCCGCGGCGGGCGGCGGUGCGCCGUGGGACACGGGCCAGCAGGGCGGGACGGGGGGAGUUGGUUAG